UAUCAUUGUUACUAUUGCUUAUAUCUUAUUAUAACUUCACACAAAAAUUGUCCAGUAUACAAACAAUAUAUGUGUAGGGGCUGAGCCAAUUAUACCCAAGGUCAAGGUCACCAAGGUGUUAUACUUAGAUUUUUUUAAGGUAAAAGUUUUUCGGCAACCUUUGUUUUUCUGUCAUAUUUUUUGUUACUAUUGCUUAUAUCUUACUGUAACUUUACAUAAACAUUGUCCAGUAUACAAACAAAGUAUGUACAGGGGCUGGGCCCAUUAUACCCAAAGUCAAGGUCGCCAAGGUCUUAUACUUAGGUUAUUUUUAAGGUUAAAGUUUUCGGCACCAUUUCUUUUUCUGUCAUAUCUUUGUUACUUUUGCUUAUAUCAUACUGUAAGUUCACAUAAACAUUGUCCAGCAUACAAACGAAGUAUGUGUAAAGCCCAUUAUACCAAAGGUCAAGGUCACCAAGGAGUUAUACUUACAAUUAUUUUCAUGUUGUUUUUUUUCGAAAGCUUCGUUUAUAGACAUAUCUUUGUUACUUUAAAAGAUAAUGACUUGAAAUUAAAAGUAUUUGUUUAUAAUCAUCUGCAUGUGUGGCUACGUACCCCAUGACUCUAAUUGUGUUUUUGACAGAAUUAUGCCCCUUUUGUUCUUAAACUUUUUUGCAAUCUUCCCUUUCUGGAUACUACUUUAAUGCAAUAUAAGAUAAAGACUUGAAACUUAAAAUGUAUCUUUAUCAUUAUCAUCUGCAUGUGUGGUAACAAUCCCCAUAACUCUGAUUUACAUUUUUGACCAAUUUAUGCCCCUUUUAUACUUAAACUUUUUUACAAACUUUGUUUUCUGGACAUAAAUUUGGUACUAUAUAAGAUAAUCACUUGAAACUCAAAAUAUAGCUUUACCAUCAUCAUCUGCAUGUGUUGUAGCAAUCCUAAUAACUCAGAUUUGUGUAUUUGAUGGAAUUAUGCCCCUUGGUUUAUCUUCCUUUUAAAGUAGAGGUCUCUUAUUCAGACAUAUAUUCAUUUUACUUUCAAGUCCCCGAAUAGUGGAGCGCGCUGUCUUACGGACAGCUCUUGUAUCAUUUUGUAAUUACUGUGAAAUAUUUAUCUAGUAGGACCUUUUUCAUUACUUUGAUACUGACAGAUACUUUUUUAUUUUUUUAAUUAUCCAGUGUGUCUAAUCUUUAAGUCUAAAUUACUGUUUUGUCAACAGCUAUUGAAUAACCGUUACUGUCAAAAGGUUCUUGGUAUUCUCAUGAAUUUCCCAAGUUGCCUGUUUUGUUAUCACAGCAGUGUUAUUUUGUCGUGUGGUGGAAAGUCUCCCCGUAUAUUCCACCAGAGCCUCUAUAGAUCGUUGUGCACGACGAGUAUACAUUGUAACACAGUUUGAUUUUUCAGUCUGACCAUUUUGGCUAGUGUGAUUCUACUACAUACGCUUAUCGUUAUUUAAUCACCCCUGAUAUUUUAUUUGAACUCGGUGUAUUUUUCAAGGUACGAUGUACACCCACCGCUGAAUAAAUCUGCGGAUAUUGUAUUUUGCUCUUUUAACGUAUACAAAUGUUCUGCUUACCAGGGACUAGAGAGCGUAUGCGGUUGCAUGAAGUUCCACUACUGUCCAUGAACAGGCUCAAUACAUUUUUGUAGCCUUGGGUUUCCUGUGGUUUUCCGCUAUUUUUUUUUUUUAUUUUGGUUAUACCAGUAAUUAAUACCAAAUGUCUGCUCGUAAAGCAUGAAGUUUGUAAUAGAAAAUAAAGAUAUUACGGUUAGCAAGGUGCUAUACAAAGAAGUGAGCUUGAGACCUUCACCCCCUUUCCCUGGUCCCCAAAUUAAAACUAUACUGAUCAAUCAUAUGUGUGCUUUUAUCUAAAAGUCUUCUUGUUAUAAGUGCAUUUUGAGCUAGUUAGUUAUGCAAACAUUAUUGAUGUUAUGCUUUCAAAACAUUUUACAGAUUAAACAAAAAUAAAAUUCAAAACGUUGAGUCUAUUCUUUUUUCAGCGACUGACCACGCUGGCAACUCUGCAACGUCAGUGUCACACGAAUAUAUUAUUGACACUUCACCGCCUGUUCUUGGCGAAAUACAAACUGGCAUUUAUGAUUUGUAUCACGGAAAUAUUGUGUACAUAAACAAGGACGAGAUAGCGGUACAUUUAUCGGGAUUUAAGGAUGAGGAAAGCGGUAUAGAUCAUUUCGAACUUGGGCUAGGAUCUAAACCUUUCCUUAUGGACAUUCUGCCAAAAGCUGUUUACCAUGAUGCCUUAAUUGAUCUAGAUCUGAGUAGUAUAAGCAUAUCAGACGGACACAUUUACUACAUAGUUGCAAUGGCUGUGAACAGAGCUGGGUUAGCGUCGGAACUUGCAACAUUGAAAUGCAUUGCUGACAAGACUCCUCCAAUCGGUGGUCAUGUCUUAGAAGGAUAUUGGAAAAAUGAGAAAGAUGACGAUUAUCAAACAGAUCUGAGUCAUGUCAGUGUAUACUGGAAGGGUUUUGAUGACUCUCACAGUGGAUUGGCGUAUUAUCGAGCUGGGCUCGGAACAAAGGCCUAUUUAGAUGAUGUUGAACCUUUAGUUGAUGUUGGCUUAGUCGAUGAUAUCGCUUGGCAUACAGAAUUCAUUAUUGGACAGAAGUACUAUACAACAGUCGAAGCAUGUAAUAGUGCCGGUCUCUGUGUUACCCGUGUAUCGGAUGGCAUUGUAAUUGACAAUUCACCGCCAAUACAAGGACUUGUGCAGAUUGGAUCAGAUGAGUUUCAUCGCAAAUUUCAAUCACAUACGUCUUCUGUACAUGUCAAAUGGGCAGGUUUUGAUGAUCCACAGUCUGGCAUAGAUCACUAUGAUAUGUGCAUUGGAACCAAACCCGGAAGCUGCGAUAUUUUACCAAACAUGAACUGUUUGUUACAGUCUAAUGUCAUCAAAACAGGACUUAGUCUUCCUCCUAAAACUACUUUGUAUGCGAUGGUCACAGCUUACAACAGAGUUCGUUUGAAUGUCACGCAGAUAUCCGAUAGCUUUUAUGUCGAUGCAACACCACCUUUAAUGUCAAUCAAACCAAGAUUUUUGCUUGAAAACAACAAUAUCCCUGGAAAGAAAGGACAGUGGGAAAAAUCAGUUAUUAAAGUAUACUGGAAAUUUAAUGAUGACGAAAGUCCAAUAACACAUCAUGCUGUCACACUUAUGACACAUCACGAAGGACACACCCCAGUUGAGCAUGUACGUCUUGGAUCAGAAAAUGAACUUACCAUACAUCUAGACGGCAAAUCAUGGCUUCAUAACGGAGAUAAGUAUUUUGUUACCGUUACAAGCUGCAAUCUAGCAGGUCUUUGUUCUUCCGAAAGAAGUGAUGACAUCCUUAUUGAUUCAACUCCACCACAUCUCGGUGGUUUUAAACCACCAAUGGUAUGGGAAAAUCUGAAUUCCUCGUUUGGAGAAUUGAAAUCAAAUAUAACACUUACAUGGUAUGGAUUCCACGACCAGGAAUCUGAUAUCAAACGGUAUUAUAUAACAGUCAGUAAAACAUAUAGUGGUAACGAACUAACCAAAGGCGUCUCUACAGUUAACGCUGAUGGUUCUGAAAUUGAUCGCACAUAUUCCUUUCUUCUACAUGAAAGAUUAAAAGGAGACGAUACGCUGUUUUUGACGAUAUGGGCAGAAAACUCUGUUGGUUUAAACAGUUCAUUAGCACGCGUUUCGGUUACGGUUUUAUCCUCAUCAAGCUCACUAGAUAAUGCUAAGCUGAAAGGACCACUUGAACUUGAAAAACAUUCAUGUGAUAUCCAGUACUGCAAUAAAGAUUGCACUUGUGCUGUAAUUGGGAGACCGUGUGUGGAAGAAGAAUCAGCUGCCGUUCGUUGCAAAGAAUUAAAUGAGACUUUGAUGGGUCAAGCAAUACCUGACGUUGAAGUGUUUAAUGGAAUGAAUGAAAAGUCUCUUAAUAUUACCGCUUCCUCUGCAUGUUUAACUGGAAGUUGGAGAGUAAACGAGGGGAUGAGCAAUAAAACCAUUAAACGUUUCGAAUGGAGUAUGGGUUUACAAGACCAGCCUGUCGGAGAAGGGGUGUUUGAUUUGAAAAAUAAAAUACCGUGGAAUGAUGUUGGUUUGCAAAAGCAAAUUGUGCAUUGCUUACCUGAAAACAGAACUCUUAUUGCACGGGAAACCUACGUAAUCUAUGUCAGAGCUUGGUUUUCAAGGAAUACCUUUGCCAUUUAUCGGUCAGCUCCAAUCAAAGUUGACCAAACGGCGCCAUCGAUAGGACGAGGGCGAACUGUAAUAGACUCCAAUGAAUUAUGUAAUGUAGAUUUUGAUGUUAUAGAUUGGAUGGAUACCAUUACUGCAUGCUGGUCUGACGUCUUCUUUGAACAUCAAGGGCAUAUUAUAUAUUACAUGAUAUCCUUAGGAACAUACCCUUUUGGAGAUGAUUCACUAAGACGAAUAAACGUUGGAUUGAAUACCAGUAUUACUUUAACAAACAUUUCAUUGUCGCAUGGUACAAAGUAUUUUUUCUCUGUUACGGCAUACAAUAACGUUGGCUUGCAUUCAUCUGCUUUAUCAGAUGGUUUCGUUAUUGACAUGGAUAUACCUGCUACCGGCGUCGUUUUUAACUCAUUGAAACAUAGAAACACCGCAUAUCAGUCGUCUGUCUCAUCAAUCGGUAUAUCAUGGCACGGAUUUCAAGAUGCAUUUUCUGGUAUACAAAAUUAUCAUGCCGCUAUUUCUGAUAUGCCGUACGAAAACGAAAGUAUGAACACCAUAAAUACUGGCCUCCAAACAAGUUAUUUGUUCCAAAAUCUAGCAUUAGAGCACGGGAAAACCUAUUACGGGCUAGUUAAAGCAGUUGAUAAAGUUGGACAUGUAAGUGCACUAGCUGUGUCAAAAGGUGUAUUUAUUGAUACCACUGCGCCUGUUGGAUACAGAUGUGAGAAGUAUACAGAUAUCGGACAAAUCUCAAAAACUACAAAUGGAAAUGACGAAACAUUAAUUAAUAUACAGCAUACAUUUUCUUUGAAAAAGUUGUACAAAGUAAUUGUUAAUUUGGUUUCUGUUGAUGACAAUAGACCGAAACUUAAAAUUCAUAUAGGCCGAUUUCAAAUUUAUCUCCCUGCUGUAGAAGAUCACAAUCGGGUUUACCAUUUCAAACAUAGCUUCUUCGCUUCAUUUGCUGGACUUCAGAACAUAUCGUUAAAAUUAGAAAAUGAUGAUCAAGGAAAUAAGACGGUGAGCUUGAACUUGUUUGAAUGCAGUCAAGUUAUCGAAGACAGCAACGAAGCCAUACAACUGACACAAAUCUCUCGUUCCAAGAUAGCAGUACAGGUGCUUGUAACGGAUGAAGACAGCUCACUGAGAAAGAUUGAGUUAGGUGCUGGAACAACGGUCGAUGGUUUUCAGAUCAAACCGCUGUCAACAUUCUACCACAAACAUAACAUCCAUAUGAUUUAUACCCACGUCCCUCAUGGUACCCAAGUAUUUGUCACGGCCAUAGCAGAAAACAAGGCAGGACUUAGAUCGGUGUUUCACUCAAGAUCCAUCAUUGUAGACCACACUUCUCCUGUCUUUAACCAUCUUGUCGGCCAUAUUCAAAAUGUACAAGUUAAUUUGUCUGGAGUCCUUGAAAUACAGACAAUUGUUCAAGCAACUUGGGAUGUUGUUGACGAAGAAAGCGGAAUCAAACAAUGUUAUUGUUCUGUAGGUCAUGAACCAGGUUUGUUCGAUAUACAGUCAAUCUGGACCUCACAGUUGCUGACACACUGUGAAUCAAACAAACUUCAGCUGUCUCAUGGACAACGGUUACAUCUUAAUCUAAAAUGUAUAAAUAACAUUCAGUUGUCAACAAAAAUAUCUACGGAUCCUCUUGUAGCCUCAAUACAGAAACCAAACGCAUAUACUGCAGUAUUGGAUUUUGUGCCGCAGAAUGAAGAGUCUUCGGAAUACGUUUCUCAAGUGGGAUCAAAGUUCCCUGUACAAUCGAAUCAUACAUGUCUGUCAUUGAAAUGGCAUGGAUUUCAAGAUCUUUCUGGCAUUGAUCAUUACGAAUACCGUCUUUCUAAAACUGGACCUUCCUUAUCUAUUAACUGGACUGAAACUGACAGGGACGUCAUACAAGUAGCUGAUGUUAAUGUUGAGAGUGGUGAAAUCACUGCAGAAGUUAGAGCUAUUAAUAAGGGCUCAUUUAAAAGUGAGGCUAUUAAUGCUUCAAUUGUGGUCGCCAGAUAUGCUCCAAGAUUUACAGGACGCACAGCCAAGAUUAAAAGACGUGGCAAUUCUUUGAACGUUAGCUGGGCCGACGUUUUCCAAAGUGUCGAAGGUAUGCCGUUGUCGUACAGUCUUAUGAUAGGUACACGAAAAGGCUACGCCGAUGUACUCGAUAUGAAUUACAUCACUAGUAUGGAGUAUGAUGUAUCCGUACCUGAUUCAACGAUCAUUACCCCAAACCUGAAAGAAGUAUUUGUUCGAAUCACCUGUAUCUAUGCAACUGGACUGCGCGCGUCAUAUUAUACUAACUACAAGAUGUAAUUAUAGUGUCUGAUACAGUGAAUAUUCUGAACGUAACGAGUAGAAAAUGUGUGCUUUUUAAAUAAUUACUGAAAAGUGUUUUUAUACUUUUGAAUCAUUGAAUUAUGUAAAUAUAUUUUGCUUUAAGAAAUCUACCUAUAAUGAUGCAUAUGUUCACCCAUUUACUUUAAUAUCUUUUUCUAUGUAAAAUUACAAAUUGUCGUUUUCUAUAACUUUGUGUAACCAGAAUUUUCAUUAUUUUUUUUUUGUUUUGUUUUUUGUGUUUUUUUAUUAUUUUAUUUAUCUAUUUUUAAAGAAUAAUUUCUAUCAAGUCAAGUUGUAUUCAAAUAAUGGCAUACUGUUUAAUUUUCGGAUGCAAUAUAAAGUUUCCAUUUUAUUCUUGAUUUUCACUAUUCUAUAGAUUAUCAUAAUUAAUUCUGUUUCUUUAUAAGCAUGUAAACGUUUUACUCCCUUGCUGAAGCACAGGGUUGCAGGAUUACUUUGAUGCUUUAAAAUGCGUUACACAAAUUAAUUCUUACAAUUAAAUACUUUAACUCAUACACUUUUAAAUGAAAACUGUUCUUAAAGAACUGCAUGACCUCCUAAAAAGUUGCCCUGAAUUUAUUUUGUUCACCAUUUAUUUCAGUAAAUCUUAUAAGCUAUUAAAGGUGUACGCCAAAAUUCCAUGUAUGUGAUGGGCGAAAUUUUCCCAAUAACAGAAUUUCCUGGAGCUUUGAAUAUUGAAGGACAGAGUUAUCUGCCCUUGAAAACGAUAGUAUUGGCAAAACCUUGGAACAGUAAACCCGAAUUCUAGCGAACACCUUUACAUUA